AUGGAGCCGGAGGUGCCGGAAUUCCUGGAUGCUCUCCUGGAGCCGCGGGAUGGGCUCUUCCCCCAUUCCCCCUUCUCCGGUUCGGUCCCGUCUCCCACCGGCAGCUCCGAGUUAGCCUUCGAGGGCCAGAGGCUCCCCGAGGACGGGGUGAGUGGGGCAGCCGCAUGCUCAGCCCAGAACCAGGAGCUACGGAAGAAAGUUGAGGAGCUGGAGAAGUGCAAUGGGUCCCUGCUGCGGCAGCUGCAGACGCUGAUCAAGCAGACGUCCAACAAGGCCGCCCAGACCAGCACCUGCGUCCUGAUCCUGCUCCUCUCCCUGGGACUCAUCCUAUUCCCCAGCUACAGCCCCUUCCGCUGGGGCCUGGGGGGCAGCCGGGACGGUGACAGACCCACCGGAGUGAUUUCCAGGAACAUCCUGACCCAGGGGGAGCUGCUGGGACCAGCUGGAGAAGCCCCAUUCCCUGUGCCAGCGUGGCUUUGGGUGGAAGAGCCAGGACCUGCGGCUGCCAUGGAAGAUGGAGCUGAGGGGGGGCAUGAACGGGGGGGGGGGCCCCCCCGCCAGCAGGGAGCUGGGCACCAAUUCCUCAGGCCGAGCCCCCCCAGGGGAUGCAGGGACAGCAAAACAGGGACACGGGGAUGA